GUGAUAUUUUUAAGUCGACUUUUUCUGUCGCCUCGUUUCAUCAAGUGGUUUUAUAUAUCAAAACUUUGCCAUUUGUAGGAAAGGAAGCCUGCGGAGAGCAAGAGCGAUGUCACUGUGAUGUCCGUUGCUGGCAUCAUCUCAGCCUUUCAAGGAGCUCGUGGGAAAAGGACGCCGAGGGGAAGGAGCUGAGGGGAGAGGACAGCAGAAGAGCUUUUUUAUGAGGACAGGAUGGAGGUGACUGCACCCUGCAUGCGGAGUUAGGAGUGAUGAUAGCUCCAUGUGAUUCAUUUUUCUUUUUCAGCAUUUUAAGCUGAGCAGGUGUGAAGGAGUCACUGUUUUGUGGAAUCUAGUGGCUGUUUCUCUGGAGGUGACAAAGCUGAGUUCAGCAGCUGCUAGGCUGCAGCUAUGGACGUUGAGGUGAGAUUUCCUCCCCCCGCAUUAGUGACCUCUUUGCCGUUUGCCUCAUCAUGGGGGACAAAUUUUUCUACAUCACCCUGGAGCUGCUGAUUGCCGUCUUCUCAGUGCUGGGAAAUGUGUUGGUCUGCUGGGCCGUGGCCCUCAACAGUAACCUCCAGAGCAUCACCAACUUCUUCGUGGUGUCGCUGGCUGUGGCCGACAUCGCCGUGGGCGUCCUGGCCAUUCCCUUUGCCAUCAUCAUCAGCAUCGGGUUCUGCUCCAACUUCUAUGGCUGCCUGUUUAUUGCGUGCUUUGUGCUGGUUCUCACACAGAGCUCCAUCUUUAGUCUGCUGGCCAUCGCUAUAGAUCGCUACAUUGCAAUCAAGAUACCACUCAGGUACAACAGCUUGGUGACAGGACAGCGGGCUCAAGGCAUCAUCGCCAUAUGCUGGAUUUUAUCCAUCAUCAUCGGUUUGACCCCCAUGAUGGGCUGGCAUCUUGGAAAGUCAAGAAAUGUCACCAACGAAACCGAAAGCAGCCCCUGCCAGCCGGGCAUGAUGAAGUGCCUGUUUGAGUAUGUUGUCGACAUGAAGUACAUGGUCUACUUCAACUUUUUUGCUUGUGUGCUGAUCCCCUUGCUGCUAAUGUUGGCCAUCUACCUGUGUAUCUUCAUGGCAGCUCGCCACCAGCUCAUGCUGAUUGAAGUAAAAGCGUCUCAUGGGGAAAAGUCCCGCUCCGUCCUGCAGAAAGAGGUCCAGGCUGCCAAGUCUCUGGCCAUCAUUGUGGGCCUGUUUGCGGUCUGCUGGCUGCCUUUACAUAUUAUUAACUGCUUCACCCUCUUCUGUCCUCAGUGUGAUCGUCCUCCUGAUUUGGUUAUGUAUGUGGCCAUUAUCCUAUCCCAUGCCAAUUCUGUGGUCAACCCCUUCAUCUACGCCUACCGCAUCCGAGAGUUCCGGCACACCUUCCGUAGGAUUAUUAGGCGGCACAUCCUGGGGAAGCGGGAGGUGUUUGAGAGCGGCGGGAGUAAGCGGAACUCUACUCACAACAGCAUCACGGACUCCAUCAGGCUCAAAGCAAAUGGCCUCAGCUUUGACCUUUUCACAGAGCACAGCAGCAGUACCUGUGAGAACUCCUGCCACUGUCCUGCUCACAUCUCCCCUUUAGAGGGUGGUCUGGCAACAGUGUCUCACCCGCCUCUGUCAGUUGUUAUCGCCCACUGCCCCAAAGUGGGGACGUGUCCACUUCAAGCCCUCAGGCAGACUCAGCUCCCGGCGGGGAACGACUGCUCUGAACCAGAGAUCCUGGAGGAAAACUGCAAACAGAACCUCGCCCCAGCACAGGUUGCACUGCUGUUCAACACCCAGGACAGGAGGAGCUGCUGUAGCGAGCUAGAUAAAGUGCACUGAUCUAUGCGCCGCAGGGAUCAUUUGCUAAUUCCUCGCAGUUAGUUGUGAAUGUCUGCUCAGGAUCACCAUGAAUCUCUAAUUUCCAAUGGGAGUACUGUAAACAGAUGAUAGACAAUGAAUGUCACUCACUGAGAUAAAUGAAACAGGACUGAAAACUGUCUCUACUAUUUAAAUACAGUGACAUGUCAAUUUAACUCAGAAUAAGUCUAAAAGGCACCGCUAUUGUUACCGGGAGGCUACGUCUUAUCAACCCACAUGACCGGGGAUGGUUUGUAAUGUGCAGCCACUUCACAAGUUGUUCUGUGGAAAUUUCAACACCACCGAAUGUUUUUACUUCCUCUUUGCAAACAGCUGAAAUACAGUAAAAAUGCAGGCAGUUGAUAGAAGGGUCUUUAUGGAAUAGGAGCAUUUAUUGUAGGCGUGUCAGGAUAGCCACCUUUAUUUAACCACAGUGUGC